CCGCCCCAUACACGGCAUGGCGGAGCGGUCAAAGCUUGUUGCUUUCCUUCCUCCCCCUCUCGGAGGGCUUCAACGCUGCCCUAGUUAUUUCCCCGCAGAUCCUACUCUAGCUAUCCAUCUAUCCAUUGCAUUCAAAUAGCCCCGCCUCCUCUCUUCGGAUUUUCGACUCGGGAGUUGGUGUGUGCUGCUUCCUCUCGAGCUUCGUACUUGCGCUUUCCUAGAUGAUGAAAACUUUGUGGGGCGAUCAAAUCCUCUGAGAAGGUAGUUUUAAUCAGAUGUAAGGUGCUGCUAUUUUGAUCUUCCUGGAUGCCACUGCCAAGCCACACCCAGCCAAAAAGUACUGUUGGGAACUAAGGAGGAGCUCUUGCUGUUUUUAGGCAAUUGGACAUGUAUUCAGGCCAGCAGUCUGAUCAAGGUCCUGCUGCAAACAGUGGAAAAGAGUUCUUGGAGGGGAAUUGGGGGUCUGAAGCAAUGCAUCAAAAGAUGGGGUAUGACAGUGGGGCAUAUGGAUUUCAAGCUUAUGGCAUGGAGUUAGAAGAGAGACCAGGUACAUUCUCCCAAAACAUCCAGAUGAGUGAUGAGCAUAGUGGUGGUGUGAAGAAAAGGAAGGGAACAGAUGACUGCAUUGCGUUGCUAAACCCAUCAGCCAGUAGCAAGAAUGUGGGUGAUCAACAAGCAGAGGUUUCGUCUCAGCCGGAAAGGAACUCGGUGGAGAGGGACAACAGGAAGAUCUCGCCCAAAACGCAAAGCAAGGAAGAUUCUUCGGAUGGUGAUGGCACUAAAGAAAAUUAUGUUCAUUUCCGGGCAAAGCGAGGCCAAGCCACUAACAGCCACAGCCUUGCGGAAAGACUGAGGAGGAAAAAGAUAAGUGAGAGAAUGAAGCUUCUUCAGGAUCUUGUUCCAGGGUGUAAUAAGAUAACUGGCAAGGCAGUCAUGCUUGAUGAGAUAAUCAAUUACGUGCAGUCAUUACAACGACAAGUAGAGUUCUUGUCAAUGAAACUUGCAACUGUGAACCCUGAGCUUGGCUUUGAUAUUGAGCAGAUUCUGUCCAAACAAAUGAUGCUUUCUCAAGACAGGCGCCUUGGUUUCUAUGGAGCUGACCCAGGAUCAAGCGCCCUUAUUGCUCAUUUCAACCAAGGAAUGAUGCAUCCAGAUAUGAUGUGCAAUGCUUCCAAUCCAGCGGGUGCUCUGCACGGAACAAUUCACGACAUCUCCAUGAUGAACCAGAUGCCUGAGAUGUGGGAAACUCUUCAGAACAUUCCUCAUAUGAACUUCAACCCUGCUGUGGCUGCAGAUAGCAGCACCAACAAUGCUGGUCCCAUGAAGAUUGAACAGUGAGUUGCUGGUAUGAUUCUGGAGUUGUUCUGUGAACCGUAAAGCGCUUGCAGAAUCAAGUUUUGUAUAGAUGGAUGCCUAACCAUUAGUUACCGAUUUCCUCCUCUUGCUGCCCGACCCCAUAGCGUACGGUUUAUGGUAUGGCAUCGAAGGAUCUCGUGUACAGCUGGGCUCAAGAACUGCUGAUUCCACCGUAAAUUUCUAUUGCGUUAGCUCGUCGAAAGCAGGAACCCCGUGUUAUUUAUGAAUUUCAAGCUUGGGAUCAAUUGUGGAUGCCCUAAGCGUACUAAGUAGACUGGCUUAUUAGUAUUGCCGUAAGUAGUGAAGUGACUUUUGUUAAGAGUUUCAGAGUUUCAUGAAAUCAUGCCGUAAGUAGUGAAGUGACUUUUGUUAAGAGUUUCAGAGUUUCAUGAAAUCAUGCAUUAUCAACGAGAUAUUCAAGAGCAGACUUUUCUGUA